AGAUAUUUUUAUGUUAGGAUAUAUUUUAUUCGUAAGAAAAAGGAAGCAUAGUCAGAUUCCUGUCAUCAUCUUCAUCUAAAUUCUGUUAUAUUUUUAAUUCUUCAAAUAUUGUUUGUUUUUGUUUCAGAAGAUCAUUAUAUAACAGACUCAGUGGUGGAGUAGAGGGUUCCAAAAACAAUCAUUUUCAUCAUUAAAGAGAAAUGGGAUUUCAAAAUUAUUAGUUUUUGUUUGAAGAGAAAAAUCUCAAUAUUUUUUUUUUGUUGUUGUUGUAGAAGAUCAUAUGAAAAUACUAGUGGAUUUGAAUGAGGUAGGUGAUAUGGAUUUCGAGAAAAAUGAUAAGAAAGAAGAUGAGGAUGAUGACAUGAUUAUGAGAACUGCCCAAAUUCAUGAGCCUCAUCCAACUCCAACUCGGCCAACUCUAACUCAUCAUCUUUUUCCUUAUUACCAACACCCUUCUUCUGAGGUUAAUAAUGAAUACAAUCAUUACGGACCUAUGCUUAUGCAGCAACAGCAGCGGCAGACAUGGAUUAAUCAAUUUAUUAGCCAUAGUAUUCCACCUUAUGAUCAAUAUUAUCCACAACAACUAAUGAAUAAUCCUCCCCUAGUACACCCAAUAGCGAAUCAUUAUCAUCCCCAGAAGCCACGCAUCCAGAGAAGAACUACAAACUCAUCAUCUGAACCCACUGCCAGUGAGAAUAAUAAUGAUGAAGAUAAUGAUGGGAUAGCAGCAGCCCCAUAUCCAUGGGCCAAGAAGAAACCGGGGUUUAUUCACAGCAUGGAAUAUUUGGUGAACAAUAAGAUUGUGAUGAUCGGUGGAAUGGUGAAUUGCGACAAGUGUAAAAAGAGUUUUAAAAUGGAGUUGGAGUUGAUGUCUCACUAUAAUAGAUUAAAGUCUUACAUCGCCCAGGAGAAGGGUGUCAUGAACGACCGAGCACCAGAAAUUUGGCUCAACCCGAUUCGUCCCAAUUGCAUUUACUGCCACAGUGAUAAGACCACGCCUGUGGUUGCUUCCAAGGAUGAGGAAAUCAACUGGCUAUUCUUGCUUUUGGGACAGUGGCUUGGCAUUUGUACGCUUACUCAUCUCAAGUUCUUUUGUAUGUGUACUAAGAAUCAUCGAACUGGGGCUAAGGAUCGAGUUCUUUAUCUUACUUAUCUAGAUUUGUGCAAACAACUCACCCCUCUACCGCUUUUUGAUCCUCGCAUACGUUAAUUUCGUAAUGGUGAAGAAGAAGUGGGAGAUCAAUUGGCUGUUCUUGCUUCUUGGACAUUGGCUUGGGUGUCUUACGUUGAAUCAACUCCUUGAGUAAUUCUUUAUCUUAAUUAUCUGGGUUUGUGUCAACUUGAAUCUAAAAUGCUUUAUGAUCCUUAUUAUUUUUGCAUUUAGAACUUUGUGUUGUGUUCUUUUGUUUUUUUUAUUCUCCGGUACUAUGUGUUUAGUAGUACUACCGUGUUUAUGUUUUACGUUUUAUUAUGUUAGUACUUAUUAGUGUGUGUAUGUGUUUAGUGGUACUACCGUGUUUAUAAUUAUGUGUUAUGUUUUAUGUUAUAGUAAUUAGCAGUGUGUGUAUGUGUUUAGUACUUAUGUGUGUGUGUGUGUUUUUUUGGAAUUUAUGUUGACAAUGAAAUCUAUCUUUUGUUUAAAUGGGGUUUGCUUUCA